AUGUUUUCAUUAAUUGUUUAAUAUCUAAAAUAUGAUCUUAUUUUACCAACUAUAGCAUCUAUAUUAUUUGUUUAGAGUAUAUUUAGCUGUGGUAAUCUUACACGGGAAAUUGCAAAUGAAAACGACCUUGCUGGAGUUUCAAAUGGAUAUUUAGGUUUUAAAAGAGAUACUUCCGAUGGUUAAUGGAGAUCUUUUAACGGAAACAUAGAAUUAAUAGUUAUUGUAGCCAUAAUUUAUUGUUUAAUUUCAACUUAUAUUAAAAAAUAAUAUCCUUUCUCGACCACCUUUGAAUUUUAAUGCUUUUGUAAGUUAAUUGGAUUAUCCUUAAAAAAGAGACUUAAAAAAACUGUUCUUUAUGGAGUAAAAACUUUAAUUAGUUAUACCGUUUUAAUUGUUUUCACUCAUUUGAAUUAUUCUUUUGCAAUUACUACUAAAAAAUAAAACUUCUAAUAUUGGGAAAAAUUAGAACCUUAAUAAAUGAUUAACCUUUCAUUUUCAAGUUUAUUUUUUAUCUGGAUAAAAUUCAAUACUAUUUGGAAAAUAGCUAAAUUCUGGGCAAUGCUUGAUAACAUGGACGUUCCUGAAAAUAUGAAUAGAUGUAUUUGCAAUAAUUAUAAUUUUGAAGGAUUUUGGAGAUCAUGGCAUAGAGGCUUUAAUCAAUGGUUAUUAAGAUACAUAUAUUUUCCUCUAGGAGGUUCUACUAAUAAAAUAUGGAAUAUUUGGGUUGUAUUUACUUUUGUAGCUAUAUGGCAUGAUAUGAACCUUAAUUUAGUGCUCUGGGCUUGGGGAAUAUGCUUAUGUUUAAUGCCUGAAAUAGCCAUUAAAAAUUAUUUUAAUCAAAAGAAAAAUUAAUAUUUACACGAAACUACUAUUUUUAAAAUUAUUUAGGGGUUAGCUGCUGGGCUUGUAAUGGUUUUUAUGUGUAUAACUAAUUUAAUUGGAUUUGGAAUGGGAUAUGAAAUUAUGUCUUCAAUGCUUGGUAAUCUUUUUGGGACUUUAAAGGGUAUUUUUGAACUUUUGCUUGUUAUAAUAGUUUUAUCAUUUUUUUCAGUAUUUUAAAUGGAGAUAAGAAAGGUAUAAGGAGAUUUGGAUAGAGGAUUUUGA